AUGAGAUGCAAUAAGCGCAUUCCCUACAAUAACACCAUUACAGUCUCAUCACACAAGAAGCCAAUCUCGUCACACAAGAAGCCAAUCUCGUCACACAAGAAGCCAGGGUCGUCACGAAGUAGCAAAGAUCUACCACAAACUCACCAGAGAGCAUUCUGCCCGCCAUACAGCGACGACGAGGAUAUUGGGUCUUGUGUAAUGGCAUCUGAUGACCAUGAAGCGGGAUAUAUGCACAACCACCGAAUUUCGCCUGCUGUGAAGGGAAGCACUGUGUAUAGCCAAGAUACUAAAAGUGGGUCAAAUGCGCUGCCAGGAAGCGCUGAGAAUGCAGCUUUCCAGAAAAGGGUGCUGACAUUGCUACAUUCCAUCAGAUAUGAGGUUCAAGAUAUUUCAAGCCAACUAAGUCACAGUCUAUCAAAGUUGAGCAUCCACAAAGAUGUGGACGAGCACGAGAAGCUUUUUGAGGAGCCUAUAAAUAACCUGGACGACUUUGUGGAGUUCGACAACCAGCUGCGAAAUAACAAACAGAAGCAGACCGAAGUGCGUACAUUCCUGGCAAUGUUUGGAGGCCGUGGCACUGCAGACCACGUGGCACGAAUCCUGUCUCGUGUUAUCACGAAUGACCUUGCCACAGAAUUCAGCUGGUUUGGCGCAAGGGGGAAAAGAUCGUUCAAAGACCUUGCAUUCGCAGACCUACUUUGUGAGUCCAUCAGAUCUUCACUGCCAAAGGACAAGCAGAACACAACGUUCAAGGAUAUUGAAGAUGCAGUGAAAUCAUGGCUACGUCAUGCAAAAGAAAGGAAGGACAGGCAGGCAGAAAAGACGAGCAAAGGGGGGGUCAUCCACGAUCUUCAUGCAUGGAAAGAAGAAAUGCAGAAGGCAGCCAAGAGCCACUUUACAAAACGCACAGGAGCAAAAAUAUUGAAAGAGAAGAACAUCAAAGGAGAAAGGUUCAUCAGACCACAAGGUUCCGUCAUGCGUUGGGACACCUGCCUUGAUGAUUCGUCUGCAAUGUUCCAAACUGACAAUGUUGUAGGACAUAACGGGACGUGUGCUUCGGGGCCUCCCACAAUAUCGGUCAUGAUCAGAGCCAACAAUUAA